UUGACCGCGGCUGUCACAGCUGGGUGUCUGACUCUCUACAAGUUGAGCAACUGCGGUACGUCGGGAGCGAGCAAGUUGUUGCUGAAUGGAUUUUUCCCGGAGCUGCUCAUAAUUUAAGAUCCAGAAUGCUGAGAAAAGGAUGAAUCCUUCAGAUCAUCUGAGACAUCCACGUGUCUUUGCUGCUGUCCUUCCCCGACAACCCUCUCGUCCCACUGGGGCACCAUCUUCCUCCCCACACUCCCCCCCUUGCCCCUGCCCGCGUGCCUCCCCCCUCCUCUGCCCCCAGUAGUGUCCAUCCCAAAGGGGAGGAAAGGCGAGCCAGCCCCCGUAAAUAUGCCCGGAUGGAGGUCUCAGUGGCGUCUCGUCCUGCUGAACUCCCUGACCUGUGGCCUGGAGAUCUGUGUGGCAGCUGGAAUCACAUACGUGCCCCCGCUGCUGCUGGAGGCUGGAGUGGAGGAGCGCUACAUGACCAUGGUGCUAGGUAUUGGUCCCGUGCUCGGCCUCCUGCUCAUCCCUCUGAUUGGCUCAGCCAGUGACCAGUGCAACAGCAGUUAUGGCAGACGACGGCCUUUUAUCUGGCUGCUGUCUUUAGGAGUCCUUGUGGCGCUUUUCAUCAUUCCCCACGCUGACAUACUGGCUGCACGCCUAGCAUGGGGUGGACGCACUCUCCAGGUGGGCUUCCUUAUCUUUGGGGUGGGGCUCCUUGACUUUUGUGGACAAGUGUGCUUCACACCACUGGAGGCUCUUUUGUCAGAUCUGUAUCGGGACGAGGAGGACUGUGGUCAAGCCUUUGCCAUGUUCUCCUUCAUGGUCAGCUUGGGAGGCUGUGUGGGUUAUUUGUUACCCGCGCUGGACUGGAGCCGUGGCCUGCUCUCCGUUUACCUAGGAGGCCAGGCCGAGUGCCUCUUCUCCCUUCUCAUCCUCAUUUUCAUCUCCAGUUUGCUCAUCACCAUGAAGGUGUCUGAGGAACCCUUGUGUGCCAGCAGUGGCUUGGUGGGUUCUGGAUCCCCGCUGGAGUCUGGGGCUGGUGCGAUGGAGGCCGGUCAGUGUGGCGUGCCACGCUCGUGCUGCUACCUACUGAAGUGCAAGCUUAGGCUGCUGAAGUCUGGACCCCUGCUGUGCCUGCUAAGAACAUGCUGGUCCAUGACCCCGGCCAUCUACAGGAGCUACUGCCACGUCCCGGCGGUCAUGAGGCAGCUGUGUGUGGCUCAGCUCUGCAGCUGGAUGGCUGUCAUGUCUUUUAUGCUUUUCUACACAGACUUUGUGGGGGAAGGCCUGUACGAGGGCGUGCCCAGUGCAUUACCAGGAAGUGUGUCCAGACAAAGAUACGAUGAAGGUAUCCGUAUGGGCAGUCUGGGCCUGUUCCUGCAGUGUGCUACCUCAACCUUUUUCUCCCUGGUCAUGAGUCGUUUGGUUUGCCAUUUUGGCUCACGGUGGAUCUACCUGAGCAGUAUGGUGAGCUUCACAGUCUCUGCUUUGGUCAUCUGCCUGUCCAAAAGUGUGGUCUUGGUUACUGUAAUGGCAGCCCUCACUGGGUAUGCGUAUGCCACGCUGCAGACUCUGCCCUACACACUCACCUGCCACUACCACAAAGAGAAAGAGGUCUAUAUGCCAAAAAGGAAAACCAAAAGCAUGUAUAAAAAUGGUAUUGCAACCAAGCGGGACUCUGUGUAUUUGACACCAGUGGAAGAGGAGGAUGGACUGAAUCACAAAACAGGGACUCCCUAUGGGAAUGCUUUCUUCAGCCAGGACAGUUUUGAGUACUACCCCAGUCCACACAGCCAGAACGGCUCAUCUCACAGCUCCGUUGGCACAGAACAGGAGGAGGCAGAGUUGGGGUAUGAGAAGCGUGGUGUGGGUUUGGACUUUGCCAUCUUGGACAGCACCUUCCUCCUCUCUCAGGUUUUUCCUACCCUCUUCAUGGGCAUGAUCGUUCAGUUCGCACAGUCCGUCACUGCCUAUAUUGCCUUCUCUGCCAUGUUCGGUGCUGUCGCCAUCUACUUGGUCCGUCAAAUCACCUUUGACCAAAAGGACCUCACAAGCUGAGGCAUUCAUGCAAAAGAUGUGGGAGUGACAAAUAAUCAGUCAUUCAGGUUCCAUGGUUGGACCCCAACAAUGCACUAUUGUUUCCAGAAUGCCUUGCUCUAGUACCACGUGGUUGCUUUUACAUAAGUUCUGCAUUGGGGAAGUGUGUGUGUGACAGGUAAUGAGAGAAAGUGGCUAAUGAAAGAACGUGUCUCAAGAGACGCUCUCUGUACCGAAUGCAAUUGAAUUCUAUAGAAAUCUCUUUGUUGUGACAUCUUUUCUGUCCCAUUGUCUUUUUCUCAGGUACUACAUGCAAAAUAUUUACUGUAGAACUCAUCAACCUCAGAGACACAGACACUAACCUUUUUUUUUUUUUUUUAAAUGGUGUUCUCCUAAGCUAUCCACAAUUUACAGUCAAUCAAGUACAGUCUGCUUUGUACUCUGAACAACAUGGUAAACACAGAGUUGGCUUGUGCAGAGUCAUCUGCAGCAUCAUUAAGCCAGUCUGGGGACUGGUCAUCAUCUUAUUUAGACAGGCCUGAGACGGCAGAAUGGAUAGAGUAAUGCAUUUUUUCUAGUGGGACCAUGGGACUUGUCCAUCCAGUAUGAAAAACACACUCAAAGGGGUACUCCAGUGAUUUAGUGUUGCAACUCCAUAAAGUUAGAUGGAUUUUUUUUUUUUAAAAAAGAAGAAGAAUGGUGAAAAUAUUUUUGUCUUUUAGUCCCUACAAUGGGCCAAGCUCCAAAAAUGGAUGCUACAUUUCCCAUAAAACAACGCUGUAUCAUCUUUCAUUAGACCUUCCCUACCUGUAAAGUACUGUCAUCUUUUCUCAUCUCAGUAUGUAAUGUAAUCAAAUUUUUGAAAUCUCAAGGUAACCCUGAUAACAUCACAAUGACAUCAUCAGGGUUAUUUUCUAUGACUGGACCAAGCUACCCCAGACAGUUUCAACUGGCCUUUAUGUGUAAAGUUGGUGGAGUACCCCUUUUAAAAUUCAGCUGUACUCGGACAUUGGCCCUAAUCCUAUGUGUUUCCCCUCGUUUUAAGUGUCCUCUAUUAAUUAAUGAACAGUUUUACUGUAAUUAUUUUGUAUACAGAUUUACUGUAUAUCCCUAUGGGAAUUAUGUUAUGCAACCUGUUGAGGUGAAGUUAUUGACUGGUUUAAGAAUGAAGCCGUUUACUGGAACUGGAAAUAUUGCAUCAAGCGUCCUCUGCCUAGAUAAUCAAGAGUAGUCUAGUCUAGUGCCCUGCCAUCCUGCCCAACUAUGCUUCUGAUCAGGACAGUCGUCUCAGGUUAGUACCUUGUUUUAGUAUCCCAUCCUCUCCUUAUGCCACUGCUAAAACACUUUCCCUGCAGCCUAAACAAACAUGUUACUGUACUCUCAAAUGACAAUGUAGGACAUACACAUGUAAUGCUGUAUGUAAACAUGUAGGGGGAGGUCUGAGGGAAGCCCACUUCAUAGCACCCAUUCCUGAAAUACCAAAAAAAAGUAAUGCAGUAAAUGGAAAUAUUUGGUUACUGAAAAUGAUGCAAGAGUAGUUUACAAAGUACAUAUUGAUGGGUCAAAGGACGAGCUGUGUUUAGGGAGGGUGUGUGUGUGCACGCGUGUGUGUGAUAUGACUCGAGUGUGUGCAGUUUUUUCACAUUGCUUGUGAUGAACUGUAUUGACUUUAGCCUGGCCCAUAUGAUGCUGUAUGUUACAAUGUAUUGUGGCCUUCAGUUGAGCUUUUGAAAUUGGCCAGUUGGUGUAAACACCAUGGUUGUUUCACAACCUGUAAGUGAGUUAAUUUCAGCAUUUUGUAUCCAAGUUGUCUGAGCCUACACGAGGGGUGAUGAAUUGAGCUCAGAAGAUACAAAUAGUCCUGAAGGAUCUUCUUGCCUGAGGUGCGCGCCGCAUCCGUAAAGUAAAAACAGAAGAGGAUGUUUGUCAUGUUGACUGUCAUGUUGACAGUCCUGCAGCGUAGGAAAAUAUUGUCUAGCAGUAGCUGAAGUGUCAGGAAAAAAAGAUGUUUUAUAAGUGCCUGUACAUUUUUCAAACAUUUUUUGUACAUAUGUAUUUAUUUAUGCUUUUAUUACAAAAUAGCACGUAUUAAACUAUUGGCCUCCUUGGCAUCUUUUGUAUGUGCAAGGGUGAAGGCUGUUUAUGGGGAAAAAGAUAAAUUAUUUGUAUAGAUGUGGUAUAGAAGCAUUAUCAAAGCUAUAAUUUAUUUUAUCAUUACCUACUUUAUCCUGUAGCUUUGUUAACAUGUCAGAGCUUAUUGCAGAUACCUGCUGACAGUCUGUAACAAAGCAGUUGCAGAUGAGAAUACUGAAAGUUACCAGAAUUUGCCCAUGUGGUCAUUAUCCAUGUAGCCUGAAUCAGCAGAAACCUUUUAUUCCUGUCGCACAACGGACUUGCUUGGUGAUUUAUUUGUUGUCUUUUUUUUUUUUUUCUAGUGCAGCUGGUGCAAAUAAGAAACCUCAUCCUGUUGUCAGUACUGCUUUAUUUGUUAUAUAACCACUUGUAUCUUCUUAUCAGAUAUGUGUUUUAUUGUUUAACUUAACAGAUGAACUAUCUUUAACGAGUGGAGAUAUUUUCAGUCCCUAUUGCUCUCAACCAAAUCUGUUUAAUUUCUAACAAAAGUGCCAAUGGUCCGACUACGUUAAGGCCAGAUGUCGUCGUGUCCAGGUUUUUUAAAUCAAUGAUUUUGUCACAAGCUUUUAGUCACUUGUCACUGUCAUAAUUGCAUUCAGUCAUAACAAAUGGUUGUUUUUCACUUUCAUUAUUCAUCUAUCAGAUUGUGUAUACAUAUGCAGUUACCAAAUAGAUUUUAUACAAAAUAAAACUGCAAUGAUAA